AAUGAAGUCUGGUAUCCUAAGAAACCGACCACCGUAUCCUUGGCCACCGGGCUUGGUGUUGCGUUUGUUUACUUUGCAAAAGCAUUCGCUUCAAUUUUGCCGAUAUUUCUGGUUGAUAAAAAGUUCGACAGUGAAAUUUAAAGGUAAAUUUUAACAGAAAAACCAACCCGAUGGACUUCCGGGUUCAGUGGUUCCGGAACUACCUGUGCCAGGCAUUGGGAGUUCAGGAGCCUCGAUACAUCGAAUCGGUGCUAAGCGAUCAUCACGAUUCGCUGAUACAGUUUUUCGAGGAAGAAAUCACCGACAACCGGGACGACCACAAGCGGCUGUUCUUCGCAUGGCGAACCUUUUACGAUCGACUGGUGGAGAAAACGGUCAAAGUGCUGGAACCAGUCGCACCGCCAGUCGAAGCAGAACCCCAAAAAGAGAAGAAAGGAAAGAAAGGAAAAAUAGCGUCGGCCACAGCCGGAGCCAAAAAAGCGGCAUCUCGAGAUGCAAAAGAGGACGACUCGGCGGAUGCCAAACCGGAUCCGGAAACGGGCGCUGGCGGAGGAGGCGGUGGUUUUGUAGAUAACCCGGAGGCAGCACGUUCUGGUCAUGCCGAUGGUAUGGAGGACGCGGAAAAAGGCAAAAAAGGCAAGAAGAAAAAGAAAGAUGCGGACGAGCCGGAAGUGGAACCGGAGAUGGUUGAAGUUACCAAAAUUGUUUCCACCUACGUUAAAACGCCAAUCGUUCACGUAUGUUUUGGUUUUGUACCAGAAGAUGAGCUAGAUCCAUCACUGAAAUAUGCAUAUGUUGUGCGGAAGUUGCGAUCUCCUAUCGCUCCGUUUGAAAACUACAAGGAUUGUUUCGCGGAGAUGCCCCAGAAUGUCAUCUUCGGGUGCAUGAAGGGAGCUCUCAUUGACCACGUGCAGGAAAUGAUGGAGCGUAUCUACAAACCCAGCGUCCAGCAUCAAUUUCGAGAACCGGACGUGGAACGGCCGAAACCAGAGAAGGACACUGAAGCUGACGAAGAGAAUGUGCGUAUAGAAAGUCGAUCCAGUGUGCAGCUGGUGGAUUACACAAAACCAUCUGACUUCCGAAUGAAAGCAUUGCGUCGUCGAAGCAGCGGUUUUCGGCGAAGCAAAGACCUUGAUUCGAACGUUGAGUUAGGGAGUCAAUCAUUGAGUGAAACUCCCAGUAGUGAGUCGAAUCUCACCCAAACGAAAGCCUCAGAGACUACACUGGAGAGUGAACCACUGAAAGAGACACCAUCGGAGAAGUGGGAGAACUUACUCAUAGCUGCAAAUAUAAAAAUCGAAACUGAGAAGGAAAAGUUGAGGAACGUUCCUCCACCGACAGGGCCAAUGAAAGAGAAUUUGACCCAAAAUUUGAACCAAUUUGUCGACGUACUGGAGUGGACCAUGGGCCAUGUGCAAUAUGAUUUCGGAAUGCCAACCCAGUAUAAUGUUCCGGGUCAGGAAAACAUAACCAUAGACGAGGAUAAGAUAAAGAUUAAAGUUGAUAUACAUAAAACGACGGUUGAGGAGCUAACACCAUUGCAAAAAGAAGAAAUCGUUGAAGGAUGGUCUAUCUAUAUUCGCAAAGUUCUCCGAGAAUCUAUGGAAAGGGAACCGGCAGAAAACACUCCAAUGGCUGAGUACGAACUGUGGCUGGGACGGGAAUUAGAAUACAACUCCAUCAUCGAACAACUGAAAUCACCGUUCGUUAUUGAAGUUUUCGAUUCCCUUAAAGACAGCGAAAGUCCAAUAAUGAAAGCCUGGCCGAGUCACUUCAAGGAUCUCAAGGAAGCCCUCUGCCUGGCCAAGGACAACGUAGAACAUCUAGCAAUGCUGCAAAAGUAUCUAUUGAAAAUCAAAAACGACGAAGACUUCAACUUCAUCCUAUCCAUUAUUCCGAACGUAACGAUCAUCCUGCGGCACAUUUGGACCAUGUCGAACUACUACAGCAAGGACCAGAAUAUGCUGAUCCUUUUGGGCCAGAUAUCCUACGUGUUUGCGGAGAAAGUUAAAAUACUAAUUAAUGUUGACACCAUUUUCAAGUAA